CUUCUGUCUCUGGCGCUCCUCUGUAUCGAAUUCAAAAUGAGUUUUGCUUCUGUUAAAUAUAAGAGGUAGUAUGAUUUCUCAACUGUUGCUAUGUCGCAAGAGCCAGCUGCUCCACCACCGCCAAAUAUUAUACCGAACUUUAGUAAUCCAUCCGGAGGGUUUCAAAUAUGGGUCAAAGUUACCCAGUUUAUUUGCAUCCCUGUUGUCGCAUGCGUUGUUAUAAUGAGGCUAUAUGUCAAGAUAUUCAUGCAACAUGUGUUUUUUGUUGAGGACUGGAUGUGUCUUAUAUCUUGGAUCCUAGCAACAACAUGGUUUUCACUUCAGCUACUAUCGGCAUAUGCAGGCGGUGGAAAUCAUCAAUGGGAUAUACCAAAGGACAACAUGGUUCUUUUUUUGAAGGCCUCCUACAUAAUAAAUGUCAUCUACAGCCCACUUAUUCUUACAGUCAAGCUGUCGAUUCUUUUUAUGCUUGCACGAUUCUUCGCACCAUAUCCAGUGCCAGUUUAUUUUAUCUACAUAUUCAGUGGGGUGCUAGUGGCCUACACGAUUGCAGCAACAGUUGUUAAGAUCCGCAUCUGCAUGCCUAUUAGUGCAUUUUGGCAAGGCACUGAAGCUACUAGUGGGGCAUGUCUCCAUGUGCUGAAGGUCUUCCUUAGCGACACAAUAUUCAGUGUGAUCACUGAUUUGGUUAUCUUAGCUCUGCCCAUAAUACUGAUUCCACUUCUUCAUUUGCCCCUUAUGAAGAAAUUCAAAAUUGUUCUUAUCCUGGCCGCAGGUGGUAUAGUGUGUGUUGUGACCAUUGUCCGGUUAGUAUGGGUGAUUAUGUAUCAAAACUCAACUGAUACGACAUGGACAUCUAAGCGCACUGAUCUUGUUACCUGUGCGGAAAUUACACUUGGGAUUAUUUGUGCCUGCCUUCCAGCUGGUAACUUCCUUGCUUCCCAGGUAUCAAUACGCUCGCGCCUAAGAUUAUCUUCAUUAGCAACUACUUGUUGAGAAUCCC